CAAAUAAAAUACCGGAACCGUCAACACUAAAUUUUCCAUUCGAUAAUUCUUUUUAGUCUACAAAAAUGCUUCGGGGCCUCACCAAUGUUCUUUUAAGUGGACGCUGCCACGCGCCGCCACAACUCCAAAAGCGUCUUGAGCACAAGAUACCAGAGCAUCUGAAGGCGGUCGCGGAUGCCAAGGAUCCCGAAUUUUCGGCCAUGGUUCUAUACUAUUAUCACAAGGCUGCCCAGAUCAUGGAAAAAGAAUUGGUUAAGGAGAUGGACCAGUAUCCAUACUUUAAGCCCGAAGAGAAGCAAGCACGUGUGAGUGCCAUUUUAAAUCUAAUUGGAAAUGUGAAUGCCUCGCUUGAGGUAAGCUUUCCUAUUAUAAGAAACAACGGCUCCUAUGAGAUUAUAACGGGCUACAGAGCCCAUCAUGUGCGAAAUCGUCUGCCUCUCAAGGGUGGAAUUCGCUUUGCCAUGGAUGUGGACGAGCAUGAGGUGAAAGCCUUAGCGUCUAUUAUGACUUUUAAGUGCGCAUGUGUUAAUCUACCCUUUGGUGGAUCCAAAGGUGGUAUUCGUAUCGACCCCAAGAAAUACACGGUUAAAGAAUUGCAGACGAUUACACGUCGAUAUACCAUGGAGCUCUUGAAGCGGAACAUGAUUGGACCCGGCAUCGAUGUACCCGCCCCAGAUGUGAAUACAAGUCCGCGAGAGAUGGCAUGGUUAGUAGAUCAGUAUAUGAAGACAUUCGGUCAUAAGGAUAUAAAUGCGGCAGCAAUUGUGACAGGAAAACCUGUCCACAUUGGCGGCAUCAAUGGAAGAUUCGCGGCAACUGGCCGAGGAGUGUGGAAGUCGGGCGAUUUAUUUCUACAAGAUAAGGAGUGGAUGGAUUUAAUUGGAUUUAAGACUGGCUGGGAAGACAAGAAGGUCAUCGUUCAGGGUUUCGGCAAUGUUGGCUCUUUUGCCGCUAAGUUUGUCCAUGAAGCAGGCGCCAAAGUGAUUGGCAUUCAGGAGCUUGAUUUCGCACUGACCAACACAGAUGGGAUUGAUGUUAAUGAUCUGAUGAAAUAUAAGGCGGAAAAGAAAAGCAUCAAGGGCUAUUCGAAAGCCAAGGAAUCUAAGGAAAAUAUUUUAACAGCGGAUUGUGAUAUAUUGAUGCCAUGUGCCACGCAAAAAGUCAUUACCAGUGAGAAUGCAAAGGAUAUCAAAGCCAAAUUAAUACUGGAAGGCGCUAAUGGCCCUACCACGCCAGCAGCCGAGAAGAUUCUGCUGGACAAAGGGGUCUUAUUAGUACCAGAUUUUUAUUGUAAUGCUGGUGGUGUCACGGUAUCCUAUUUUGAGUAUCUGAAGAAUAUCAAUCAUGUGUCCUAUGGCAAAAUGAACUCAAAAAUAACUUCGCAGCUUAUUCACGGGGUCGUAAAUUCGAUCAAUGAAUCGUUUAACCGUUGUAACGAGGGCGAAUUCCCGGAAAUCGUGCCAAAUAAACGCCUUCGGGAGAUACGCGACUGCACCAAGGAGUCUGACAUUGUGGAUGCGGCUCUACAAACUGUUAUGGAAUCAUCUGGCGCUGGAAUUAAGGCCACAGCAAAUAAGUUUGAGCUGUGCAAUGAUUUGCGAACUGCCGCCUAUAUCUGGUCUAUAUUUAAAAUAUUUCGUGCUUUGGAGAGCUCCGGUAUAUCGCAGCAAUAAUUUAUCUCUAAUAUUCUCUGCCGACAGGAAAAUCUUCCAAAUUUAUUAAAUAAGAAUUUUAUAGUUGUAUGGACGUAUGCAUAUAUCUGUGCAGCUAUUAACGCAUCAUUAA